AUGGUCCUCACAGUUGCAAUCAUUGGAGGCGGUGUCGCCGGGCUCAGUGCAGCUAUUGCUCUCAGACAGCUUCCCGGUGUCGAUGUUCAGGUGUACGAAAGAGCAAAGGAAUUCAAAGAACUGGGUGCCCUUAUCGGACUAGCUCCUAAUGGAUUGAGAACUUUGGAGAAGUUAGGGGUGGAAGAUGUUCUUACGGACGAAGUUGGUUGGAGAAGUCCGAAUGGAGUUCCUAUGUGCUUCAAGCACUUCAAAACGGGCGAUGUGUUGAGCAUCGACUACAACCAUGACGUACCGGACAGACGCCAUCAAUUUGCUCGAAUGCAUCGUGCCAGUCUCCAGAGAGCUCUGUUGAAGAAUCUUCCACCAAAACUCCUUCACACUGGUAAAAAGGUCUCUGGAGUGAGGGCCAAUGAUGACGGUGCUACAGUAGAGUUCGAAGAUGGAACCUCCGUGACAGCUGACCUCGUAAUUGGGGCCGAUGGAAUCAAAUCGAAAGUUCGAGAAUCCUUUAUCCAAAAUCACAAGCUUAGUUCCUCGGGCGACGCAAUCUUUCGAACCACAUUUCCUUACGACCUAGUAGCGGAUCUCCCUGGACUUGAACAGAACUCAACUCAUUAUGAAUUUUACUCUCCCAUCCCAUCAAUCAUUGACAGAAUCCCCGAAGGCACUUUGAGGAGGUACACAAAUGUCGCUGGCGAGGCUCUCACACGGUGGACCUUUGGAAAUCGCGUUGCCCUGAUCGGUGAUGCAGCCCACACGCAUGGUGGUGCGUACGCAGCAGGGGCGUCAUUGGCAGUUGAUGACGCAUACGUGCUCUACCUUUCGCUACGAACGAUACUUCAGGGGAGAGUUGAAGACCAAGAGAAAGUAUCAACUACUCGUAUUGGGGAAGCACUUGCCCUUUAUGAAGCAACUCGCCGCCCCCAUCUGGAGAGAGUGUUGAAGGAAGUGCACAGCGGGCGGAAGAGUCAAGCUGCCCGGUUUGAAAAAAUCCGGGAGGAGGGUGUUCCAGAGUCAGACGCCUCAUUUAGGAAGAGACUGGCUUCAAAAGGUGAUCCAGUCUGGCUGAAUGAACACGAUGCAGAGGGCCAAUUUCAUAAGGUAUAUAGCAGCCCAACCAGUUUACAAGCUGGUGUAGCCGAGGUACGCCCCAAGCUCUAA